GGAAGGGAAAUGUGCUCAGGUGUAAUGGGAAGGGGGGGAGUCUUUAGGGCUGUAACGGUGCUGGAGUCAGUGUAUAGCAACAGCCUGCAUACCCAAGGAUAGGAGUAAAGUGAAAGACUCAGCUCUGUGUCGUACCCACUAUGUUGUGGACAGUGAGUCUCUGCCUGCUGUUGGCCGUGUCCUCUUCAGGAGUACCGCUGGAUAGAUACAGCACCAAAGGCCAGCAUAAAGUACUGCUCAUCUCCUUCGAUGGCUUCAGGUGGGACUACGACCGCGAUGUGGACACGCCGAAUCUGGACAGAAUGGCCAAGGACGGGGUCAAGGCCAGAUAUGUGACCCCACCUUACCUCACCAUCACCAGUCCCACACACUUCACCCUCCUAACAGGUACCUACUGUAGAUCGAUACCCAGGCACAACCCUUUUCUACAGGCUCCAAGAGAGCAGUGAUUCUGUGGAGGUUCAUGUUCAUGUCACGGUGGUCCUUUUUUCUCUCCAAUUAUUGGAUCACAAGUCAUUCCCAGUUUAGUUUAUAAGAAUUGUGAAUGCGACUGGAAAAAAGGAAUUAACUGUAAUUCAAUGUCCCAGGGUCCAGCAGCUUUCAGAGUUGAGUAAGAUGAUUAUGUUGGGAAGGCUGAAGGAGGAAUUUAUAUUUUCCUUGACAGAAAUACUCAUUUUUGACUUUUGAAUCAUCAGUGCCAGUUUAAAAGAAAUGUAACUUCCUUGAAAUUAAAUUCCUUUAAUCUCCAGUGUUGGUCUUAAGACCUUGUCCAAGAAGCGUCAUGGCACUCACAGGCUAUACAGUUGAUAGAAUUUGUAAUGUGAAUGUGGCAGACUAUGAAUAUUGAGAGAUUGACAGUGACUCUUUUCAGGGCGCUACAUUGAGAACCAUGGGGUGAUCCACAACAUGUGGUUCAACAUCACCACCAGUGAGAAACUGCCUUACUAUGCUACCCAGUUUAAGAAUGAGUGGUGGGACAACGGCACUCUACCCAUCUGGAUCACAGCCCAGAGACAGGUCAGAACAGCAGCACUAGAUGGACCUUCAUCCUAAAUCAUUCCUGCAUUUGCUUUACAGUAAUACAAAUGUCUGUGCAUAUACAGUUGAAGUCAGGAAGUUUACAUACACUUAGGUUGGAGUCAUUAAAACUCGUUUUUCAACCACUCCACAAAUUUCUUGUUAACAAACUAUAGUUUUGGCAAGUCGGUUAGGACAUCUACUUUGUGCAUAACACAAGUAACUUUUUCCAACAAUUGUUUACAGACAGAUUAUUUCACUUAUAAUUCACUGUAUCACAAUUCCAGUGGGUCAGAAGUUUACAUACACUAAGUUGACUGUGCCUUUAAACAGCUUGGAAAAUUCCAGAAAAUGAUGUCAUGGCUUUAAAAGCUUCUGAUAGGCUAAUUGACAUCAUUUGACUCAAUUGGAGGUGUACCUGUGGAUGUAUUUCAAGGCCUACCUUCAAACUCAGUGCCUCUUUGCUUGACAUCAUGGGAAAAUCAAAAGAAAUCAGCCAAGACCUCAGAAAAAUAUUGUAGACCUCCACAAGUCUGGUUCAUCCUUGGGAGCAAUUUCCAAACGCCUGAAGGUCCCACAUUCAUCUGUACAAACAAUAGUACGCAAGUACAAACACCAUGGGACCACGCAGCCGUCAUACCGCUCAGGAAGGAGACGCGUUCUGUCUCCUAUAGAUGAACGUACUUUGGUGCGAAAAGUGCAAAUCAAUCCCAGAACAACAGCAAAAGACCUUGUGAAGAUGCUGGAGGAAACAGGUACAAAAGUAUCUAUAUCCACAGUAAAAUGAGUCCUAUAUCGACAUAACCUGAAAGGCCGCUCAGCAAGGAAGAAGCCACUGCUCCAAAACCGCCAUAAAAAAGCCAGACUACGGUUUGCAACUGCACAUGGGGACAAAGAUUGUACUUUUUGGAGAAAUGUCCUCUGGUCUGAUGAAACAAAAAUAGAACUGUUUGGCCAUAAUGACCAUCGUUAUGUUUGGAGGAAAAAAGGUGUGCGAGCAAGGAGGCCUACAAACCUGACUCAGUUACACCAGCUCUGUCAGGAGGAAUGGGCCAAAAUUCACCCAACUUAUUGCGGGAAGCUUGUGGAAGGCUACCCGAAACGUUUGACCCAAGUUAAACAAUUUAAAGGCAAUGCUACCAAAUACUAAUUGAGUGUAUGUAAACUUCUGACCCACUGGGAAUGCUGAAAUAAAUCAUUCUCUCUACUAUUAUUCUGACAUUUCACAUUCUUAAAAUAAAGUGGUGAUCCUAACUGACCUAAGACAGGGCAUUUUUACUAGGAUUAAAUGUCAGGAAUUGUGAAAUACUAAGUUUAAAUGUAUUUGGCUAAGGUGUAUGUAAACUUCCGACUUCAACUGUAUGCAUGUACUGUGUGUGUGUGUGUGUGUGUGGACGUGUUUAACUAUACUUGUGGGACCAGAAGUCCCCACAAGAAUAGUAAACCAAGAGAAAUUUGACCAACUGGGGACAUUUUGUUGGUCCCCAUAAGGUCAAAUGCUAUUUCUAGGGGGUUUAGGGUAAAGGUUAGAAUUAGAGUUAGGGUUAGAAUUAGGGUUAGGGUUAGGGUUAGGAGAUAGGGUUAGGAGCUAGGGUUAGGGUUAAGGUUAGGUUUUUGGGUUACGGUUAGGGUUAGGGUUAGGGGUUAGGGAAAAUAGGAUUUUGAAUGGGACUGAAUUGUAUGUCCCCACAAGGUUAGCUGCGCAAGACUGUGUGUGUGUGUGUGUGUGUGUGAGACCUCUCUUCAUCCUAAUUUUGUCCGUACAGGGCCUGAGGGCUGGCUCUCUUCACUUUCCUGGCACGCAAUCCACCUACCAGGGAGAGACCCAGACGGUGAAGGAUGUGGAACCACGGUUUUAUGACUACAAAAAUGAGACUAAAUGGAGAGAGAACGUAGAGAAGGUGAUGGGCACCUGGUUCAGUGAGAUGGACCUGGACUUUGUGUCACUGUAUUUCGGGGAGCCUGAUGGCACAGGCCACAAAUACGGGCCUGAUUCCCCUGAGCGGAGGGAGAUGGUCAAGCAGGUGGACAGAACAGUGGGCUUCAUCCGCAGCUUGGCUGAACGAAAAGGACUUGCCGAUAGUCUCAACAUCAUCAUCACCGCUGACCACGGCAUGAGCAAUGUGUACCGCAACGGCCUGGUGAAGGAGAUCACCCUUUCCAGGAUCCCCGGAUUCUCCUUCAGAGAUAUAGCAUUUCACCUGGUGGACUUUGGGCCCUCUGGGAUGCUGCUUCCCAAGGAGGGCAUGCUGGAUAAGGUCUACAACGCCCUGAAGGGGGCGAACCCUCACCUUCAUGUCUUCAAGAAGGAGGAGAUGCCUGAGCGUCUUCAUUUUGCUAAUAACAACCGCAUCCUACCCAUCAUUCUCUUCUCUGACCCUGGAUAUGUCAUCAACGGGGUGGGUUCAUAGCAUGUCUCUAUAGUAUUUUGUAAUAGUUGUUUGCUUAAACAAAUUAAGACGUUUUUGUUAAGGGUUUCCGUCACGCACAGAACCAAUUUCAUGCACACAAAAAGUGAAAUGAAGGCAUACUUUAACUUUUGUGAGACUAAACAUGCAUAUUGUUGUAGACUUUCCAAUUCCAUGCUUUACUGUGAAUUACUGAUUAGAGGAUUGGCCUCAGUGAACAUAGUAUGAGCAAAGAAGCUGGUUUAAAAAUAACCAUGCAGCCUAUACAGUAUAUCUUCAGGCAUCUAGAAUAUUCUAUCACUUCUAUAAUAUACAGUACAGUAUGGCACAUCCUCAUGCAUCCUCCUGCAUGCAUUAUGAGUAUUCUGAUAACAUGCCAUAUUUCAAUGGACUACAAACAUUGAAGGAAUUACCAAGUGAAUUUGGCUUGUAGCGAUGGAGAAAAUGGAAUAUUUUAGACCGGAAAACUCUAAUCUUAAUACAUUACAAUUUUAAUCAAGUGCAUUACCACCUUCCCAGGAUAAUCCAGGUUUGGCUGAUGGCAUGCAGAGCUCUCUAAUUCUUCAUGAAGCUAUUCAUGCCACAAAAUUCAACAUUAGCAUUUACAUUUGGCUCAACCCUGCUGCCUGCAACUUUACCACUGAAAGUGCUACAUCACUCCAUUGAGUGAUACUAAAUUUGAUUCUCAAUUUUGCAUACGAGAGAUGGCCACUACACAUCAACAUACUGUAAAACAGAAAUAGCAAAAUGGCUAAAUUACAAAUGUCUUCAAAUGCUAUACUGACAGUAACCCACCAGAGGUACUGAUUACACAUGAACGCAUAUAAACUCAUUGAAGGCUGUGGUUACAGUGAGGGUAUCUGGUGGAGUUCAGUUGACCUUCAGUGUAAUAUCUGAUUAUCAAAAUACACAAGUUCAGGGUAUUUGACCCUCUUGUGUUAUCUCCUGUUUAUGGACCCUUUGUUUAGAAAUUUCAAAAGAUGCUCCUCUCAGUUUUAUCAAAGCAAAUGUUAUGCAUGUUCAGAGAAGGGUUACGUAACAUCUAUGAUAAUUAGCCUACCUUCUCCCUGUGUAUCUAAAUAUAUCAGUGUAUUUUCUGUGAACAAAGUGAAGAUUAAAAAUGUGUCUGUGUAACUGUAUCGCUUGCUAUUCAUACAAUCCAUCGUAAUAUCAAUUUCAUGAUCAAAGUAGUCAUCCUGAAUGACCAAAGGAACUAUGUGAUGUUUAGGCCUCUUUAGUUUAUGAAAGGAUUCCCUCUUAACCUGGUUAACAACAGUCAUUUUAACAGUAUGCGUCUAAUAAUGGAGAACAGGGAAAUUCUCCCGUCUCUGUUCUUAUAAGCACUGAGCAGAUUUCAUGGUUGCUCAAGCAACACUUUCCUUCAGUUGGUCAACAUCUCCCUCUGCUGUCCAGUUGAGAGUACAUCAUAGAAAGACAAGUUGGACUUCAGGCUUCCCAUUAUGAUGAUCAAUAUGAAUUUCAACAUUCUGAUCAUUCAUGAUUUCACUUCUCUUACUCUAAAUGGAGUCCUACAGAUUUGAUCACCCUGACUCUUCUUGGCUAUUUGUCUCUACAGUUCCUCCCAGUGCAGUUCAACACAGGGGAGCAUGGCUUUGACAACGAAGAAAUGGACAUGAAGCCCUUCUUCAGGGCUGUGGGGCCGGUGUUCCAAAAGAACCUGGAGGUGGGCCCCUUUGAGACAGUGAACAUAUACCCCUUGAUGUGUCACAUACUGGGCAUCAAGCCUGAUCCCAACGAUGGCCACCUGGAUGCCACAAAACACAUGCUGAUCUCUACCACAGAGGGUGAGUUUAUAUCAGGCUAAUGACUCUGCACUCCCUAUGGCCCACAAAGUGUGUUCCUCCAACACCUGCUCCUUCAUUACACAGCCAAAGUAAUCUAUGGUCUAACGUAAUGUAUAUAGAAUGUACAAAUAUGCAACACAUAACAGAAAUUAUAAAAUUGGAUAAAAAUUAGAUGAAUAAUGUCUGUAUUGUCUUUCAGACACAUCCAUGUACACAAAUCAAACGAUAUUACAUUUGCAUUACGGCUUGUAUUUCAGACCUCCGUCAGGACAUAAAAUCAAAUAUCUUUAUUGGAUUGGCAGCAGUGGCUGGAUUUCUUGUUGUGGUCUUCAUAGCGCUUGUGUCAUUUAAUGCAUUCAAGAAGGAGACAAAUAAUAGAAGGUAUGUAUGUCUGCAUAUGUACACAAAUCAAUGGGAAUUGGAAAAUGUGAAGAAGACUUGCCUGAACAAUCUGAUAUAUAGAAAUGUGUGUAAUGUACCUAAGGGGUGUUUUCCCCUUGGAUACCAAUUUGCGAGCAUGUAAUAACUGAUACAGGCUCAGAUAUUUGUUUUAUUCUCCUAAUGGUUAAAGGGCAAAACAAGUAAAUGUGUUUUUGGGAUGCUUGAUCCUAGUUCUGUAGUUAAGGGCAACUGAUACCUCAAACAUACAGUAUUAAAAUAAACAAGCAGAAGGAUAUUUGCCCACUGGCGAGUAAAUAGUGUUCCAAAAAAUGUUGCUAUAAAUGCUUUAUUUAUUUUGUUUACUGCCAAUGUUGGAUUCCGUCAGUCUCUCAGCUUCUGACACUGUUUCUUCCUCUGCCAUAACUCAAGACAAUAAUGGACUGAUUGGAAGCGUUCUAUAGUCAAGGUGUAAUCCCUAGAGACAGGUAAACAAACUGAACGAUUCGAGCAGUGGAAACAAUCUGUAAGGGGUAAAAAUAAAAAGGACAUGUCAAGUGCUCUAUCUGUAUGUUAAUACACUUGAUGGUCAGGCUAGAUAUGGGCUGUCAAUUAGGGACAGAGACUCAGAUGUUUUGCAUGCUGGCUGAGCUCCGGAUUGAUCUCAAUCUGUUCAAGUCCUGUUGCUGAUUGUAACCAGCGGGAUACUGACUCUGCAGAGGCCUAAUUGGAUAACAUGGUGCAGAUAGGCUACAUAAAGUUAUAGUUCUGUAAACCUGAAUGUUUGGGUAUUCAUGGUUUAAACAUCUCAUACUUUUAAGUCAUGCCACUGGUUUAGUCCUCACACUGAAUGUGAAAUUUACAUUUUAGUCAACAUAAUCAAAGUCUAGCUUAUUGCAUGGUAGUGAAUGAUAUAUCAAGAAAGGGCUGUAUUUCUGUGCCUGCCUGCCUGCCUGCAUUGAGGAUUCCUAACUUAUUCCCAAUUGUCCAGAACGUAUCAUUCUUUCCUAUGUUUCAGCUCUGAGAAGUCACUGCCUCCAGGAGGAAAGGAAGAGACACACCAAACUGCCCUUUAAACUGAACCCCAAGUGAAAUCAUUUGCCACUGACAUCUGAAAUGGAUAAACAAAGGGACAUCACUACUUAUGACAUUAUUAUGGACAUACUCUCUAAAAACAACCUUAUCACAGACUAGUGCGCCCUCUCCAUGUUGAGACUGACACCAUGCAGACUGAUCAGAUAUGUUUUUUUCCUUGUGAAUGUAAGCCCAUACAGUCACCAUGCCACCUGGGACAACUUAUGCUUUAGCAAUUUGCUAAAAGGAUGUAUUCUCUAAACAACUGAUUGGUGUCAUGAUACACUGAUGAGAUCAGUAGACUACAGCUACAGUAAAAUAAUACACAGCUAAUCUGAAACUAAAUCUCUGGACAAAACACCAGUUCAAAAACUUGACAAAUUGUAUACUCUGUGUGACAGCAGUGCAGACAUGCAUUUUAUGAAAGUUGUGUUUAAUUAUAAAUCUAUUUAUCUGAUUUACAAGUUAUCUUUUUUGAAAUCCUGACCAUGAACAAAAUAAUUGUUUGUGGUUUUGUUCUGGAUGGCAGUGAGUGAGUGAGUGAGUGAGUGAGUGAGUGAGUGAGUGAGUGAGUGAGUGAGUGAGUGAGUGAAUGGACCUAUUCCAGGUUUGUGUAUGAAUAAGUUAUAUAAAUAAAGGAAUGGAAAUACCUUUCAACAUUCUGUUUAGGAAAACGUCCUGUUCAUUAACACAUACAGUGGCUUGCGAAAGUAUUCACCCCCCCUUGGCAUUUUUCCUAUUUUGGUACCUUACAACCUGAUUUUUGGGGGGUUUGUAUCAUUUGAUUUACACAACAUGCCUAC